CCACCACCACGGUAGAACUACUCCAACAAUGGCACCAGCGAGCUCAGUUCCGCCACAGCUGCCUCCCUCGGUCGAGGAGGCUUAUCGCAGGAAGUGCAUCCAGCUGAAGCAGCGCACCACCGAGGUUGAGGAGGCCAACGAUGCCGCUCGCCUGCGUCUGGCCCGGCUGAAGCGCCAGGUUGAGAAGAUGAGGCUGGAGCGAGCGUUCCUUCUUGAGCAGUUGGCCAAGAGGACGAGCACUAACGUGGAGGACUCUGACGGCAGCCCCAGCCCGCCGCCCACACCAAAGGAGAAGCCCUUGCGUAUCAAGCGGGGACAUCGCAAGCCCUCUGCCAUGCCCAACCUCGACCUGCCUAGUGCCGCAGGCGCCACCUUUAUCAACCAGAACCUUCAGACCCAGUCGCCGAGUUCCGACGCCUUCUCGGCCGCCCAGCCGACUAACGGUCUGCACAAGGGCACCCUCAGGCCCCUCAAGCCGAGCAGCGCGUUUGAACUCUACUGCGACGACAAGCGCGCCGCGUCGAAGGAGAAGGCAGCUGUGGCAAAGGCGGCGGCGGCGGCGGCCAGCAAGGAAGCCGCCGAAGGCUCCGGUAGCCCCGAAGAUGUCGACAACGACAAUGAGAACGAGAACAACGGCGAUAUUACCGAUGUCGAAGAAGAGACGUUGUCGCGCGAGUGGAAAGAUCUCCCCGAAGACCGCAGGAAAGAGUUCGAAGACCGAGCCGAUCGGGACGCGGAGCGAUAUAAGAAGGAGAAAGACGCCUACGACGCGGCCAAGGCGGAGGAAGAAGAGGCGGCUGCCAACGCGGAGAAGGCGGCAGCAUCAGCAUCAGCAGAAGCAGAGGCAACUGACCAACCCAGCGGCUCGAAAAGCAAUAUCGGCAAGACGGAUGAUGCCGAGGGUGUCACGGCCGAGGAGAUGGACGUUGAUGCUGAUGCCGAUGCCGAGACCACUGACGAGAGGAAAGCAAGCAGCGCCAAGGCCGGCGAGGAAGGAACAGACACGCCGCGGGCGACACAGGAGGACGUCGAGAUGGCCAAUAAUGACACCGAUCAGGAGACGAAGACUGAACAGCCGCAAUAGGGGAAGCGCACCAUGUCUGAGCUCAGGGAUGCAUCGAUCACUUCUGUUGUCAUUGAACUCGGAGGAUCACUUCUGGUCCGAUAAUUGAGGAUAGUUGACAGUUUUAACAAUUCAUCGAUGGCCUGGAGUAUGUGUAUCAUAGAGUUCCUAUUAUUCUCUUCCAUUACAGCUUCGCUUUGGCAUGGCGGUACACGUGUCUUACGGAUCUUUGGGCAGGGGCAGGAUAGGAUAGGGUUGCGGUUGCGGUCGCGGAAAAAAAUCAACAUACAUGUUCUUUACUCAUCAUACAUUUCGAGGACAACUUUGUGUAAUUGCUUACAGAAGACCAAAGAAAGCUUCGUUGCACGAAACUGGAUAGAAAGA